GGCAGUUUGGGACUUCAGUUCCUGAAAGUUGGAGUUCAAACACCUGGAGGACCUAAGGCUGCUUUCAGGCAAACCUUCGAGAUCUGGAACUACAGGUGGCUAGAGAGGACUUCCUGCAGUGUUUUGUUUUGCAAGGAUGUGUGUCCUCCUCUUCCUGGGAUGGCCUCUCCCCCUUUUGCUUUCCUUUCUUUGGAGGAAAAGGAGAAACACCUGAGCCUGAGUUCUUGGAUUUAGAUGGAAGAAGCUGGUGGAGGGAUGAAGUUUUCCAGGCAGUAAGCUCCAUGGGGAUGUUUAGACUGCUGCAUUUUCCACCAUCUCAGGCUACUAUUGUCUGAGGAUGAAAAUGGAGACCCGAGAAUACCUUACAAAUCUUAUACCAAAGCAGGUGUCACGAGAAGAGAGAGGGAGCUGCCAUGUUGGGACGAUGCAGGCAUUCCUGCGAGAAAGACCAAGGGAGGUGAAACAGGAGCCCAACAAAGACUCGCUUCAGCAGUGGGAAACCCUAUGGCAGGAGCUCCUAAGGAGCAUGGAAGGUCCUGACCCAAACUGGGGGGCCUCUGAGCCAAGCGAGGAGCCGUGGGACGAUGCCAAAGCCUUCCUGGCCUCCUUUGAGCAAGUGGCCCAAGCCUGCCGGUGGCCCAAGGAAGAGUGGGUGCCCCGGCUCCUACCAGCAUUGAGCGGAGAGGCCAAGCGGGCCUUCACUGGCCUAGAGGCUGAAGGCAGGGAGGAUUAUGGGAAAGUGAAGGCCGCCAUCUUGCAUGGGGACGCCAUGCGGCAGGAGGAGCUGCGGCAGUAUUUCCGGCAUUUCCGGUACCGGGAGGCCGAGGGACCGAGAGGGGCUUAUGGCCAGCUUCAGAAACUGUGUUGCCGGUGGCUGAAAGCUGAAAGGCAUUCAAAAGAGCAGAUCCUGGAGCUGUUGAUCUUGGAGCAAUUCAUGGCCAUCCUGCCUCCAGAGAUAGAGGCCUGGGUCAAGGAAUGUGGUCCAGAGACUUGCUCCCAGGCGGUGGCCUUGGCGGAGGACUUCCUCCAGAGGCAGCGAGAAGAAGAGGCCAGGAGGCAGGCAAACCAGGUGCCAUUUGAGGAAGUGGAGACAGUGGAUUCUUCUGAAGGUGGGCAAGCGUUGCCUGAGAUGGAGCAGAAGAAACUUAGCGUGGAGACCAAAAAUGAAAAUGACGAUGGAGAGGCUGGACCUUUGGGCGAUGAAAGGAAAAGUAAGAAUGAGGGGCAACUAGGUGAAGAUUCCUCAGAAAGAACAGUGUGUGAAGCAUUGGAGGAGAAUGUUUGGAGCCAAGAUGGGCCAGUGAGCCAAGACGGAAGCCACACGGAAGUGCCAAAAGGCAAAUCCUUCCAAUUUCAGGUGGGAGACUCCCACAAAAUCUCAAUCCAGCAGGAAAGCGAGGAAGGAAAAAAGGGGACUGCUUUCUCCAGUCUUCAUAGUAGAAUUCACCCUGAGGACGAAUCAGGUUUAAUGUCUGCAAAGACUUUCAAUCAGAGAAGAAACCUGAGUGAAUGUGAAACGCUUUAUGAAGGGACGAGUUCCAACAUAUACUUGAAUCAAAAUAUUUCUGCAGAUGAGGGACAGUCUGUGAAUUCGGAUCUUGGUAAGAUGAAGCACCCAAGGAUCCCAAAAGGGGAGAAGCCGCAUCAGUGCUUGGAGUGUGGGAAAUGCUUUGGUCGCAGUUCCUCUCUCAAGUCACACCAAUUAAUCCACACAGGGGAGAAACCGCAUCAGUGCUUGGAGUGUGGGAAAUGCUUUGGUCGGAGUGCCUCUCUCAAGUCACACCAGAUAAUCCACACAGGGGAGAAGCCCUAUAAAUGUACAGAGUGCGGAAAGAGUUUCAGUGACCGUGAUCAUCUCACAUCACACCAGAUAAUGCACACUGGGGAGAAACCGUAUCAGUGCUUGGAGUGUGGGAAAUGCUUUGGUCAGAGUGCCAGUCUCAAGUCACACCAGAAAAUUCACACUGGGGAGAAGCCCCAUAAAUGUACAGAGUGCGGAAAGAGUUUCAGCGACAGGUCCACCUUUGUCCGACAUAAGAGAAUUCACACCGGAGAGAAACCGUACACCUGUUCAGACUGGGAAGGGCUUCAGCCGAAAGACCUACCUGACUUUACAUCAGCAAAUCCAUGGCAAGAAAAGAUACCACACGAGAAUCAGCACUUCCUGAAUGCUGGCAUGGCUGUGUCUUUUCACCGAAUGCAACCAACAGUAUAAUGGCAUCUUUAAUAUAUAUAUCUCUUUAUUAAGUAUUUACAAAACACAAAAGCGAGAGAGAGAGAGAAUGAGAAUAUAAUAAUAAGAUAAAGAAAGAACAAAUGAAAAUGUAUGAGAUCCACUUUCGGGCUUCCUGGAGGUUUUUUUCCCUUUUCCUUUUUUCUGCCUUUUAUUUUUUUAUCUCUUUUCUCCCUUUUCUUCUUUGAGCUCUGCUUUUGAUGGGUAGAUUAUUUCUUUCCUUAUAGUUAUUGUUAUUUUUUUACUUUAGGUAUUCAGUUAUCAAUGCCCAGUCUGGUUUUUUGCUUCCCUAUCUUUUCUUUAGAUAUCAAGUAGGUUAACCUAUCCAUAUUUCUUUUGUCCAUAAUCUUUUUGUUCCAAUCUUCCAAUUUGGAUAUUUCACUUUUUCUCCAGAGUCUCAUGUAGCAUAUUCUUGCAGCUGUUGUUGCUGAGAAGAGAAGUCUGUCUAUGUUACUGUCUAAUUUUUGUUCAUUAAUUCCUAAUAAAAAUAUUUCUGGCUUGAA